AUGAUCGUGGACUUCAGGAAACAGCCGAAGGAGCCCCUCCACCCCAACACCUACAUUGAAGGGACACCAGUGGAGAAAGUGGAAAUUUUAAGGCCAGUUCGAGUAGAAACGGUUGCUGUGACAUGCCAUUCAGACUACAUGGAGAUCGUAGUGAAGGCUGAUCUGUUUAAACUCGGUAAUCUAAUCGAUGUGGAUGACCUGCGACUUGGAGUUGAACAGUACCAAGACCAAGAGCCGUGUAGGGCUACAGCUUCAGCAACCGGAGAUGAGUACAGAAUAUUCGCAGCACUUUCAGACUGUGGAACCAAGUACAUGCUGAACGAAGACUCAUUGAUCUACGCAAACCUCCUCAGAUAUACACCCAGAACCACACCAGAUGGCGUUAUUCGAAUGGCUGGUGCUGUGAUCCCAAUUGAGUGUCAUUAUGAAAGGAAGUACAGUUUGGACAGCUCUUCUCUCCAGCCGACCUGGAUCCCUUUCACCGCCACAGUGUCUGCUGAAGAGACCCUGCAGUUCUCAUUGAAGCUUAUGACAAGUGACUGGCUCUAUGAGCGGGGUUCUGGAGUCUACUUCCUGGGUGAUCCCAUCAACAUUGAGGCAUCUGUCAGGGUUGCUCACCACACCAGGCUCAGGGUCUUUGUUAGCAGCUGCGUGGCCACACUGGACCCUGAUAGCAACUCUGUCCCCAGAUAUGUCUUCAUUGAGAGUGAUGGGUGCUUGACGGAAUCCCAGCUGCCUGGUUCCCGCUCUGGUUUCAUGCGUAGGACCCAGGACAACAAGCUCGGGUUCCACAUUGAUGCCUUUAGGUUCUACCAGGAGGACAGGGCAGAGCUGUACAUCACCUGCCACCUUAUGGCAGUCCCUGUCAUGGACCAUGCAGAGCCUAGCAACAAGGCAUGCUCCUUCAUUGAUGGCAGAUGGAGGUCUGCUGAUGAGAAUGAUUUGCUAUGUGGGCGUUGUCCAAGCCUGAGUAGACAGAAGGGGGUUGAUCAAGCUCCAGCACAACGUCCCCUCAGU